AUGAAGAUUAAGCCGAAUCUACAUUCAGCUCUGCGGUACUUGAGGAGAGAGAAUCAAGAUAGGAUUCUUUGGACUGAUGCGAUCUGCAUCAACCAGCUUGACGACGUCGAAAAGGGGGAUCAGAUUGGGCAGAUGAGAUAUAUCUACGAAAACGCCGAGCAAGUCCUUGUCUGGCUUGGCCAAGGAGAUGAGAUGACUGACAAGAUCUUGGACUCAAUCCAUGACCUGCACGAGGAAGCAUCUGCCAAACAUGACAACUGGAAGGACCCAAAGCAGCUGCUCACCAUCUGCGGGCCGAUCUUUCGACAGCGACUAGAGCUGACACCAACAAAUGAGUAUUGCAAACAGCUUGAGGCGCUUCAAGAGCUGUUCAAAAGACCCUGGUUUCAACGUAUCUGGAUCCUCCAGGAAGUCGCCAGCGCCCGUGCCGCAACAAUUGUGUGUGGAUCGAAAUCCGUUCCAGGCUACAUUUUUGCGCUAAUGCCCUCAAUCCUUGGGCUUGAGCUUGAUGAUCACACGCAAGCUAUUUUGGACAUUAUGCCUGGGAAACAGCGAAGUCAGUCUUGGUGGUCCGACAGGCGCGACCUUCACUUCCUACUGAAGAAGUUUGUCGCGUGCCAAGCUACUAAAGCUCAAGACAAGGUUCUUGCUCUUCUGGGCAUCUCAUCAGAUGCCUCCAGCCCCGAAGUGUUUCGCCCCGAUUGCCAGAAGACCCUACAAGGAGUGUGCCGCGAUACUCUCUGUUUCCUACUCUUCGGCAAAGUUCUCCCAUCAUCGGUCAUUACGCUUCCGGAUCCAUCUAUUGACGAGUUGGUCGACUACCUAGAUGACAUACCCCGCUUGUCCCAUUGGACUUUUAAGUGGGCAGUUCAGGGGAGACAUGACUUGACGUCGACUUACAUGUUGGAAGUCGGUGGAUAUACAGCACCAUUCUUGACCGUGAGUAACUUGAUAGAACAUGGGGGCCACCUCACGUUGAUCAUGCACCUCUUCUCCAAUAAUCUCGUCGACGAAUUCUCAACAAACAGAUCAGGAGAGAGUCUGCUGAACAUCGCUGCAAGAAAGGGAGACGUGGAGGUAGUUCGUUUUCUCCUCGGGCGCCCCAACACCGAGAUCAACCACAAGGACUCCGAUAAUCUGACCCCGCUGGCAGUCGCAAUAAUCCAUGGACACUUUUCUGUAGUGGAAUUAUUGCUGGCUCAGGAGCAAGUCGAUGUUGCCGAAGGGGGGGUUCUUGGAACCACCCCUAUCUCACUGCCCUAUCUUCAACAGAAUUCGGAUAUGGCACUGGCUCUGAACACUCGCAAUCGAUGUAUGGUUGAGGAAAUUUUACGAGGGAAAAGGCUGAUUCAAGUCAACCGUGCUUUGCUGGCAAUCAUGGCACGAGACAACAACAAAGCCGGCUUGAAGGCUCUGAUCGGUCGCGGCGUUCACUACAAUAGUAGGGACAGGUAUGGACGAACGCCAAUGAUGCGGGCCGCCAUGAAUGGCUCCAUAUCAACGCUGCAGGUUCUGGCUACAGAGCAUUCUCAUGGCCUUGUCCCCCACGAUGAGCAUGAUUUCGAAGGUAGGACAGCUCUUUCAUACGCGGCUGAAACAGGAGAGCUAUCCGCAUGUUAUUUACUAAUGAUGCGCGGCGCGGAUAUCGACAAGAAAGAUCACGGCGGCAAGUCACCAAGGGAUUGGGCGCAAGACAAGGUUGCACUGGAUGAGACCUGGACUAAAAUGUGCGACGAGCUCCGUUCGGCGAUGGGUGAUCUCUAUAAGGAGCUCGCUGGCACAGAAUCUCCAGGAGCUCGAGAGGAAUCGGGGGGGCGCAGACGGUGCGACAUAGCGGCGCUGGUGUCCAAACCCAAACUCCAAGAUGAAAUCCCAUCAACGAACGGUUUGUCUCCUCGACACCUUCGAAACAAACCGACCAGCGAAGAAGCAAACGACAACGCCAACGGCAGCGACUACAAGAACAUCUUCGACCGGCGAGAAACCUUCACGAUGCUUCGCAAGUCUCCUCGAUCUUCGUCCCCGAAGAAACCUCGACCCUCCACCCCAAAGAAACCUUCCAAGCUCCGACUCUUCUCGACCCCGGACAAGAUGGAGACCCCUACCAAGGACGAGACCACCCCUACCGCCACGAUGGAGUCGUCUCCCGCCCCUGCUCCCCCUGUCGAUUCGGAGCUCGCCAAGGCUGAGACCUUCAGCAUGGAGCAGAUUCGUCGCGCUCGUAACCCCAUAAUGAACAUUGCUGUUCGGGGCACCAUCAACCGCUUCAGCCUCGAGUUUUUCCUGCUCCCCGGUGAGCGCCGCAGCCGCUCCCACGUCCUGGUCGAGCUUGAUGAGAAGAUUCGCUUCCGUGACUCUGAGGGUAACGUUGCUGAUAUCAAGGGUCUUGCCAUCUGGAUGAAGCAUGUUGGCGACAACUUCGACGGUGAGCUUCACGUUCGCUACGUCAUUGAGGGCCGUCACUUUGUCGAGCCUCUUGCUCGCUUCCAGUUUCCUCUUGUCAAUGCCACCAAGCCUGUUUCUGAGCACGUCACCACCAUCGAUGUCAUCAACGUUCUUCAGGGAAUCAUUGGCGAAUUCCCUGCCAUCCACCGCAAGACUCUGACUCAGUUCACCUUCCGCCUUCACAAGGGCCGUCUCCUUGGUUGCCGCGAUGCCAUUACCCAGUGGAUGAUCCGCCUCAACCUCGCCGGCAUGGUCGGUUGGCACUACACCCGCCAGGAGGUCGAGAACGUCGAGUACAUCGGACGACAGGCUGUCAGCGGCCGCGGUUUCGACACCAUGAUCGACCAAAACUUUGCUUCUGACAUGGUCCGCGACGAGUGGGGUUUCCUGUCCGUCGUCGUCAAGGUCUCGCCCGUCUGCCGCGCCAUCUGGCAGCCCAACACCUACCGCGUCAUCAAGCACGCCGGCAAGGAUCUCCCCUACAUGAAGGACGAGAACGACAAGGUCAUCUGCACCGAGCAGUGGAUCCCCAACAAGGACUAA